AAUAACCGUUAUUCUCAUAAAAUAUUCGAACGAAAAAUUUUGGAAAAAAAUUUUGAGAUUUGUUUUUUUUUUUCCUUCCUUAAAGGCUUAAUUAAACUAGCCAUGAAGCUCCUCAUGGUUUUUGUAACGAUCGCGUGUUUUUCUACUGGAUCUUGUGAAUUCAAUGCAGACGAUCUAUCUGACAAUUUGAUAAACCUAAAAGAUGACUGCGGAUACAUUUGUGGAAAGAUUAAUGUAAAUAUUAAUCGUGAAAACUGCGGUGAUCCAGACAAGCGAAAAUAUCCAUUCUUAUUAGUUCAUGAUCCACAUGAUCAUAAUGAAGAAGCAAUAGAAUAUUUCGAACCAAAACACUUUGAAUGCGAUAAUAAAUGUCCUGAAAAUCUUCAUUUCAUCAAGGCUGACAACAAUAGUUAUUGUGUCAAGGAUAUAUCUCACUUCAUUCAAGAUCUAGAAAGUGCUAAGACUCGGCAAGAUAAUAAGGAUGCCCAAAAGAACAACAAGGAACAGAAAGACAAUUUCGAAUAUACUUGGUGGAUAGUUGGAGGAGUUGGAAUCUUACUUGUUGCAAUCAUAGCUUUAGUCAUUGGUUUGUUUAUAAAGAAGAGAUCAGGUAAUGUUGAUUUUGAACUUCCAUCAUCAAGACCCAUUAUAAAGAUUUAAACUGCAAAUAAAGGCUGUUAAAUAAAGCCAUAGAUUGUCUCGCUU